UCUCCCAUGUAGGGUCAUACUCCCUCAGAAGACCUUUGGUUGGAGAUUACAGACAGUUCAGAAGUUGAAAGAAGCAUUUUAAUGGUUGCUGAAAUGACACCAGCUUCAAACCAUGCACUGUUAAUCGCGAGGAAAGGGCCAAGGACAAAGAAUCAGAAACAUCCAAAAUCACAGUGCCUCAGGUCCUGUCUGACGUUCUGUUUAAAGGCCCAGGUGAAGACAGACCAACGAGAACCACAGAUGGAUUCUCUGACUGAAGGGGCUGAAGGAAGGUUCAGGGAACUGGCCUCCAAGUGGUUUAUAGAGACUCAAGUGCCACUCAUCGUCCACAACGGCUUCUUCCCCACUUGGUUCCUGGGCUUCAUCACCAGAAAGGAUGCUGAAGAGAUACUCAGUGAAAAGGAGCUUGGCUGUUUCCUCAUCCGUCUCAGUGAUAAGGCCAUCGGGUACAUACUAUCCUAUAAAGGCCGGGAUCGGUGUCGACACUUUGUGAUAAAUCAAAAUGAAGCAGGACAGUUUGUUGUCUGUGGAGACACAGAGGGACACAGCACAGUCUCUGAUCUAAUAGAAUACUACAAGACAAGUCCCAUUGAGCCGUUUGGAGAAUAUCUGACAUCUUCCUGCUAUGAGGUGCUGAAUGAAGAGCUUUAUGAUAUCAUUCAAAUCAGCCCUAAAGAAAAACCAGCGGUUGCUAGCAGAGCUGAAAAGAACUUACAAAAACAACACGCCAACUCAGCCUCAGCGCAGCCACCUACAUGGCCACCAAAGAGCAACAGGACCCUAGAGAAAGUACCACCUUUGCCUCGAAGGAACAGGCACCUUGAUAGUGGUCCCUUGAAUGACCAGGACAGAGUUUUGUACGCUCAGCUCAGGAAGCAAUCACCCAGGAAGAUACAAAGAUCCCAACCCACCCAUCAAGACAAGGCACCAGGAGAUAAUCCGCGGAGAGCUCAGAGAACCACAGCCCUUGAUCACAUCAGCCAGUGCAGUCCUCCACCUGGACCAAACUCUGCUUCCUCUGAGCUUGGACUGCUGGAGUGCAGCAAGACCAGGUCUCUACCGCUUCUGGACAACACCUCCGAUAGGGAGCAGUACAGGCUGAGUUCAUCCCCCUACACACCACCAAGACUUUCCCCCAAGCCUACCAGUCAUACUCCAUGGUCAGAGAAGACAGAGUCAUGCAGCAGGCAGAGCAGCAGCCACAGUCCGGACUACACAAGAGACAGUGCCGUGUAUCAUCUGGCUGGCAGGCCUGGCAGCCCUCAUGCUAUACUGUCUGAGGCUAGUGAUUCAGUGUACGCUGAAAUCUCCGAAGAAGCCCUCUUUGGCCACUUCCCUCAUGACAAUACAUAUGAACUGAUUCCUGGGCAUGAGGACACAGCCCAUACUAAACUCAAAAGCAACACUUAUGAGCUCCUGGACGACAUCAGACCCAAGAUAUUAAAGAAUGACAAAUGGAAAUGGCUCUUCCCAGAGGUCAAGAGGAAAUGGUGAAGUGGUUAAGACUUUAUUUUUACCUUGGUUACCUGAAGAAAAUGUUUACUAAUUUUACUCUCACACUACUGGGCUAAUGUUCAAUAUACAGUACACGCUGCAGUGACUUAUUUUAUAUAUUCACCAUAGACUUACA